UGGUACUGAGAAGACUCUCUGAAAGGCUCUUCCAGUUAGGAGGACUCUCUGGUGGGGCUGUGCCGGGGGAGCAGCCGGGGUGUGGUGCGCCGUGACCUCGCAGGUCACGGCGAGGUCCGUUAUCCUGGAAAGUGGGCGCUCAGGGCCUCCAACAAUACAUGGAGCGAGUGAACGCGGCUUAAAACACUGGAGAACUGCGGGAAAAUGGAGGAGGAGGGACGGGGGAGCAGGGGGAGCCUUCAUAUCCGGGCGCCCGUGGAGGGCCGGGCCCCUACGCGGGCGCUCGGCUGGUGCUUGCUAGAAGAGUGGGUGGGUGGGCCACCAUGAGGGGCGUUUCCGACGUGUCCUUUAAUCCUCAUGCCUCCACUGAGAUGGGCACUUGGACCCGGCAUCGCCUCCAUCCUGAUCUCUUAUCCACUUCCUGGGCCCACUACGUUCCUUCCCACCUUUGCACUUGCUGCUCUCUGCCUGGAGGGGAUCUUACUCCAGAUCGUCUCCUGGCUCGCUUCCUGUCGCUGUCUCAAUAAAAACGGCACUUCUCACAGCCUUGGCACUGUGACCGCCUCAAGUCGUCUCGUUUGUCUGCCCCUCUGGAACACGAGCUCCACGAAGGCAGGGACUUGUGAAAGCUGCUGACCCUAGCGUCUUGCGGGCAGUAGGCGGUGGACAAACGCAUAACCAACAGGGCUUCGACUUCUGCUCUGCAUCCCAGAGGGACUGCAGUGCGUGCCGCGGGUAAGGGUGGGGACUGAGCCUUUCUUGGGUCGGAAAUUCCGCCGAGAAGUGAGGGGUCGCUGUUCGGUUCAGGGUCACCAAGUCGGGUCUCGGAUCUGGGGCUGCGGUGGCCGCGCCGCGCCACCUUGGGACGCUCCAUCUUAAGAUGCAUACGCCCCUUCCGGCCUCUUCUGUGCGUCCCGCACGCGCCUUCCCGGCUUCCCCCGCGCGCCGAUGCUGAGCUUCCCGGGCCAGGGCGGGGCUGGCAAGCUGCGGAGCGGGAUCCUCGGCCUUCGUGGCUGGGCCUUCCAAGCGCCAUUCCCGGGGACGCCAUGGAGCCCCGGGCGGUCGCGGAAGCCGUGGAGACCGGGGAGGAAGCCGUGAUCAUGGAAGCUCUACGGACGUACAACCGGGAGCCGGUCAUCAGUCCUGAGCGGCGGCAGCUGCUGCGGAGUUAGAGGCUGACAGGCGCCCCCAUCCGCGUCCUACCCCAUGUGCAUUGGCGUACACUGGGUCUUUUUGCAGUAUUCCCACAGCUUCACUUUCGAUGAUGCCCAACGGGAGGACCGGAAGAGACUGGCCGAGCUGCUGGUCUCGGUCCUGGAGCAGGGCUUACCACACUCCCACCGUGUCACAUGGCUUCAGAGUGUCCGAAUCCUGUCCCGGGACCGCAGCUGCCUGGAUCCCUUCACCAGCCGCCAGAGCAUUCAGGCACUGGCCUGCUGUGCUUGCAUCUCCGCCUCCGAAGAGUCCAUCCCAGAACCCGUGGACAUGGAUGUUGUACUCGAGUCCCUCAAGUGCCUGUGUAACCUCGUGCUCAGCAGCCCUGUGGCCCAGCUGCGGGCAGCAGAGGCCCACCUUGUGGUGAAGCUGGCAGAGCGCGUGGGGCUGUACCGUGAGCAGAGCUUCCCCCAUGACGUUCAGUUCUUUGACUUGCGGCUCCUCUUCCUGCUGACAGCACUCCGCACCGAUGUGCGACAGCAGCUGUUUCAGGAGCUGGAUGGAGUUCGCUUGCUGACUGACACACUGGAGCUAACCCUGGGAGUGACUACUGAAGAGGGUCCCCCCAAGUUCCUUCCUCCUCAGGAGACUGAGCGAGCCAUGGAGAUCCUCAAAGUGCUCUUCAACAUCACUUUCGACUCUGUAAAGAGGGAGGUGGAUGAGGAAGAUGCUGCCCUUUACCGGUACCUGGGCACCCUUCUUCGGCACUGCAUGAUGGCUGUUGCUGGAGACCGUACAGAAGAGCUCCAUGGCCACACAGUGAACCUUUUGGGGAACUUGCCCCUGAAGUGUCUGGACAUCCUCCUGAACCUGGAGUCACACGAAGGCUCCCUGGAGUUCAUGGGAGUGAACAUGGAUGUGAUUCACGUCCUUCUUGACUUCCUAGAGAAGCGUUUGCACCAGACACACAGGCUGAAGGAGAGCGUGGCUCCCGUGCUGAGUGUGCUGACAGAGUGUGCCCGCAUGCACCGCCCAGCCAGGAAGUUCCUAAAGGCCCAGGUGCUGCCCCCGCUACGUGACGUGAAGACCCGGCCUGAGGUGGGGGAGCUGCUUCGAAAUAAGCUUGUCCGCCUCAUGACGCACCUGGACACAGAUGUGAAGAGGGUGGCUGCUGAGUUCCUAUUUGUGCUUUGCUCAGAGAGGGGUAAGUGGGGGAGGCCUGGGCCCCAGCCUGCCCUGCCUUGGUCUAUGUGCAUACUGACCUCUGUCCUGCCCUCAGUGCCUCGGUUCAUCAAGUACACAGGUUACGGGAAUGCUGCUGGCCUCCUGGCUGCCAGGGGCCUCAUGUCAGGGGGCCGGCCUGAGGGCCAGUACUCAGAGGAUGAGGACACGGACACAGAUGAGUACAAAGAAGCCAAGGCCAGGUCACUAACACAUUCCCCAAACUCCCUUCCCCUGGGAAACAGCAUAAACCCAGUGACUGGGAGGGUGGAAGAAAAGCUGCCCAACCCUAUGGAGGGCAUGACGGAGGAGCAGAAGGAGCAUGAGGCCAUGAAGCUGGUGAACAUGUUUGACAAGCUCUCCAGGGACAGAGUCAUCCAGCCCAUGGGGAUGAGUCCCCGGGGUCACCUGACAUCCCUGCAGGACGCCAUGUGCGAGACUAUGGAAGGGCAGCUCUCCUCGGACCCUGAUUCAGACCCCGACUGAGGAUAGCAGCUCUUCUCUGGCUUUGGAACUGGUGCUGCUUCCAGAGAUUUCCUUGGGGCUGCAAACCCAGGAAGUCACAUCUUGCUGGCCACAGAGCUCUGUGCCCCUUUCCCCAACCUGGAGACAGUUUCUCUUUAUUUCCAAGGUUCUGUUUAUGAUUUACCUCUAGCCCAGUUCCUUAACUCUGGGACCACAAUGGUCUUUACCUGCUGUAACUGCUCUGGGCAGUCAGCCUUGAUUUCCACAGAUGAAGGACUUUCAUGUGUGCAGGGGCUGCUGCUUGAGGGCAGAUCCUCCCUGGAUACAGGAGAGUGCAUGGAAGAAGGCAGGGGCUGAGUGCACAUUCAGGUGCAAGCAUGGCUGAGGUUGGAAUGCUGGCCCAGAGCCAGCAUGUUGGGGCAUGUGUUUCAUUUUAAAGGGGGAAAAGAAGCUGCUAGAAUUUUAUAGACAAAUUUGUGUCUCACACAUACGUCCAAGGUGUGCUCUGUUGUUUCUGUCCCCAGUGCAGGGCUGGUGCUGGUGCCUCUUCCACAUUCUCUCUGGUCCUGGCUUAGCCACCUACUGUUGUAUCCACAGCACCUGGGCUCUUGCUGGUUUUGACAAUUAAAUCUCAAUCCCUCCUG